GUCUCGAAGGUCAAUUUGCGGCGUAGUACACCUGGAAGGCGUUAUCCAAUCAAGAUUGUGAUACGGCAGUAGCCACCGUGCCAGGAACUUAAAGGAGAGAUGCAACAAUGCACUUCGGAUUCACAAUAAGCCACAACUAACACCUGAAUUUAAUCCAAGCGACCUUUGCGAGGCUGGAGCAUAAAAUUGCAGAAAUCAUUUAUGUUUUGUUUUGGAGUCAGCUUACCGACUUCUGUUCUGUCCUGUAUAUAUAUUACAGGGAGGGGGGUAUAUAAGCUUUGAGAAUCGAGAUGUCUGACGAUGACCAUCCACAACAGUCUCGUGGCAGCUUGGAAUUUGUGGAAACUUCAAUUAUUCAGACAAUUGUCCCGGAAUUUACAGAAUUAAGUCUUGAAGAAGGGCUGCGGACUUCACUUGCAAAAAAUGGCGAUGUAGAAGCGGCUCUUCAGGACAUGGCCCUGAGGCAAACCAUAUUCUUUGAUGAAAUAUUGAAUGUCUAUGUUGUUUUACAGACACCACAUUUGGAUGAAAGGGCUGUUCAUCGAUACCUUGACCGGCUGGUGGUCACGGUAGAUGCCAACGUUGUCAAUGCACUGACAGAUCCACAAGGCCAGUCCGGUCAUGAAUUGAUUUAUUCAGGAUCAAAUGAUCAGCUCAAAGAUGCACCUGUUAUCAUUAAAAGUCCCGGGGAGGACGAUAAAACGAGUCUUUUAGUGGUCUGGAAGUUCCCAGUCCCUCUCACAAGGCCUGGUAGGCUGCGCCUCCAAAGCCCUUCCGUCGUCUUUUCAAUUUCCGCGAACUUAAAAACAGCAAAGCAGCUGAAGGCGAUGAUUCGGCAGAACGAAUACCUGCCCAGUCAGAUGCCUUCAGGAAUCAACCUGUUUGAAUCCUUCAACGGGGAUCCGGCUCUUGGAGAUGCCAUGCCCCGCCUAUCUGCUCUACGGGUCUCACGGGUUAAACCAGUUUCACCAGGCGAGGCUGAUUCUCUCAGCCCAUUGAGGAUAGCACCUGCGCGCCCUCUUAAGAUAUUACCUGCAUUCCAACUACGAGCACGUUAUGCAAGACCAAACAACACACAAAGCAACCCUUGCAUUUUCGCCUCCUUAGACAUAGAGGCCACCCCAUGGGCUGGCAACUCCCUCAGCUUGUCGUCAAUUGAUUUUAAGCUUACUGACGGAAACGUUGAAGAUCUGAACACAGCCCCUGAUAUGGCACUUCCCAUGGACUGCCUUCCAAAAGACGAUGUCACCUUAGUAUAUCGCCUCUCACGCACUCCUCUGGAGCAAUCUUCAAACCCAGUAAAGCCGCUACGCGUCACCGUCACUGGCACCGUCUGCGUCUCUUCCAACUGCCUGCCAAAAAUCACCAUGAUUUGGGCCACAAGCGUUGACUUCGCGCCCCCCCUGAACCCCGGCUUCGGAAACCCAAGCGCAACCAUCCAGCGCGACCACCGCUCAGCCCAGCUAAGCAUAUCCUCCAACCACGAGGCCCUAAACACCUCGCUCGCCGCAUCCCGACCCGAUGCUCUUCCCACCAUCGAAUUCACAACCAAACACCAGCGUUCCCUCUCCGUCCCCGACUUUGGCGUCACCAUGACCUUCACCGCCCCAACAACCCCAAUCUACCAAGGCGACUUCUUCACCUGGACCGUCUUCGUCGUGAACCGCUCUGACCACUCGCGCAAGCUGGCACUCAUCCCGAUCGCAAAGCGUAGAAUCCAAUCCUCUUCGCACCACCGCGCCCCGACGAACCGGCCGCUCUCAAGCUCGUACACACAGCAGAAAGCAGCUUCUGGCGGCGCCAACACCGACAUCGCGGACGCAGUGCUCGACGAGAAUAUCCUACACGCCGCGCAGAAGGGCGCCGGCAUCGAGUGCGCCGACAUCAUAUGCUACAGCACCGACGUUCGUGUUGGCCCCCUGGCACCCAGCGCAUGUCACAUGACCGAGCUGCGGUUUAUUUCGCUCCAAAGCGGGGUGCUGGGCCUGGAGGCGGUGCGAGUUGUGGAUUUGGGGACACAGGAGCAUGUUGAUAUCAAGGAUCUGCCGAGUAUAGUUGUUUCUGGGGCUAAAUAAAUAUAAAUCAUUUAUAGAGGUUUAAA